GGUGCUUCAGACAGGUUUCCUCGGAUCAGCUGUCAGUGUGCUGCGUGGAUGUUGUUUUUUUUUUUUGUUGCAAUUUUUUAUUAUCAAGCUGACGAAGUUGUGUCCCCGGAGAAACAGCCCUGUAUUCCUUGGUUCCAGUUCCGUCUGCAGCUCGUCUCGGAUGGAGGCCCUGUUAAAUCAGUGGUUGUGGCAGGAGGAGUACUGGCUUCCUCCUGGUUUCCACUGGCAGGACAUGGACACAAAGGAGCAUGGAGGUCACUUUCCUCGGCCCAGGGAUCUCAUCUACACCCUGCCACUGGCCUUUGGCUUCAUAGCAUCCAGAUAUGUCUUCGAGAGGAUCAUCGCUGUCCCCUUAAGCAAAUGUUUAGGUGUGAAGGAACGGAUUCGGAUUCGAGCGCCAUCUGUCCCGAAGCUGGAAUCCUUCUACAAGCAGAACAGUCGACAGCCUUCGCAAAGUGAAGUGGUGAGCUUGGAGAAGCAGUGUGGGCUCUCUCAACGAAAGAUCCACACCUGGUUCAGACAGAGGAGGAACCAGGACCGACCCAGCAACACAAAAAAGUUCUGUGAAGCAUCCUGGCGGUUUGUGUUCUACCUCAUAGCAUUCACAGCAGGGCUUAGCUCACUAAUUAAUACUUCAUGGUUCUGGGAUCACAGAGAGUGCUGGAUGGGAUAUCCCAAACAGCCCGUAGCUGAUGCUCAUUACUGGUAUUACAUCUUGGAGAUGAGUUUCUAUUUGUCCCUCCUUCUCUGCGUCUCUGUAGAUGUCAAACGAAAAGAUUUCAAGGAGCAGGUGGUUCAUCAUAUCGCCACCCUUUUUCUCAUUAGCUUCUCCUACUGCGCCAACUAUGUGAGGGUUGGUACAUUGGUGAUGCUGGUGCAUGAUUCUUCUGACUUCCUUCUUGAGUCUGCCAAGAUGUUUCACUAUGCAGUGUGGACGAGGACCUGUGACUCCCUGUUUGUCAUCUUCGCCCUCGUGUUCCUGGUCACAAGGCUGGUGGUGUUUCCUAGCAGAGUGGUCCACACAACCCUGGUGGUGUCUCUUGAAUUCUUCCAGCCUUUCUUUGGUUAUUAUUUCUUCAACGCUCUGCUGUUAGUGCUGCAAGGACUGCACAUCUUCUGGGCCUACCUUAUCCUGCGCAUGGUCUACAAGUUUGUCUUCCUGGGCAAGGUUGAACGAGAUGAACGCAGCGAUGAAGAGAGUGAGGCGGAUGACAACGGAGAGGAAGAGGAAGAGCCUGAUGAGUGUAGCUGGGAACAGAGGAAGGGGACAAUCAACUCUAAACUGGCUUCAUUGGCUAACAACUGUGUCCUGAAUAACUUGACGAACCAGAGGAAUCUAAGCAGCAGACUACCUAAAACCAGAUAGUGGAGCAGCUUUUCUCACACACCUACCAAGCCUCACUGGAAAAAGGUUUCAUAUCCCUUUCCACUUCCAGGGUAGGACUUUGUUCCUACUGAAUGAUACAUUAUUACAGCUUGUGUGCAUUUGGCAUGGUUCAAUAAUAAUUUCAGGUCAGUAAAGAUCUGCAUUUUGCUUUUCUUUAAAAAAAAAUAGGGCAUAGAAGCACAUAUGAUUGUAGAUCUUCACGACCACUGCUAGACUAGGAGGAAAUGCCAUCCUAUCACUAGUAAAAAUGUAAAAAAAAAAAAUGAAUUUGGCAAAACCAGAGAUGUUUUUACAUAUCUAAUGUACUUAAUGUAGAUUUUUUUUAUUUUUGUUGUUUAUUUUCAUUGUCUCAUAACAGCUUGUUUGUAAAUAACGAAGGAAAGAAACUACUCUUUUCAUUGUCCAUUUUUUAAAGCAGUUGUUUUUAUACAAAGUCAAGCCAUCAUGUAAUAAGUGGAUUGAUAUCUUUCCAAGUGAGCAAAUGCAAGACUACUGAAUAGCACUUACUCUCUUUUCGCUUUAUAGUUUAUUGUAAAAACAUUAUUUAAGAUAUUGAUUGUAGUAAUUUGUUGAUAAACCACUUUAUAUAUAUUUUUUAUGAACUUUAAUUGUCAGCUCAGUUUAAUUUUGUAGUCUGUUGUAGAGUAAAAAAUAUAACUGCAGAAGUUCCUUAUGAACAGGUAACCGUUUUAAUGACAGGUUCAGACCCUUGCUUUUAUUUUGUUUCUUAUAAAGGAUACAGCGCUCCCUGCUGUACAAAUGACAUACCCUUGUUUGAAACUCACUCCGUGUCUCACAAGAUGAUGCCUUCAUCAAAACUGUGCUGCUCCUAGAAGGACAGUGACUUGAAACAUGUUUAUAUUAUUCUGACAGGAUACAUGGUUUAAUCGAAGAGAUUUUUGUUAAAGUUUACCCCUCUGGACUUAGUUUUGUGCCUUGGGCUGCUGUUUUUACAAUAUUUUAUCACAAGCACUCAAUGUGGCAUCCAUGUUCCGGUGUGGUUACCUUUAUGAGUCAAAGACCCGGGAAAGACCCCGCUACAACUUGUGCAGGUAGUCAAAAUAUCCAGGGUGAGUCAGGAUGAACAUGUGGGAAUGCACACAGUUGGGCAUCAGUGAAAUGUUUCAGUUCUGAAUGUAGCUACAACGAUUAACGACUUUCCAUCUCAGAUCAAGAAAAACUGUGAUAACAUGAAGAGUCCAGACUUCUAUAAAGCUCAGUGGCAUGUUUUAAUCAUUUCUGAUUUAUUUCAUGUAAUUUGCAAAGAAAAUGUUGCCUUUUCCUUCCACUACACUGCACAAAUGCGCUGGUUAGUAUCUACUGUAUACUGCUCCACACAAACAUAGACCGCAGUACAUUAUUGAUUACUUUGACUCUAUAGUUUACUAAGGUGAGCUCGUCAAAAGGAGUUUCCGCUGUCUGUGUGCACAAUAUCUUUUGAUUUUCGGCUCAGUUAUGUUUGUGAUAGGAGUAGAUACAGAACAAAUACCAAGCAGGAUUUAAAUUUAAAAGGGCUAAUCCACUAAAUUACACUUAGAGACCCACUACAGUGUAGUUGUGUUUUGUUGUGUUUUUCAUUAGAUAUGAAUGCAGAAGUGUUAUGUUUCCAUGAAAGUUAUUCUCGACUGUUCUACAAUAUGUGCACAUGGAUGUUUUUGUUUAUUGUGUGGCCUGUUGAAAACUUUUAAUAAAUUACAAAUAUUUAAUAAA